AUGCGGUCCCUCAAACGAACCUCGCAGCGUCUUCGGGCGCCUCUCGGCUCCGCGUCGCCCGCCCGCCGACUCCAGCCACCGCACUCGACCACCGCAGAGCAUGUCGCCUACUCAAGCACCGCGAACCAGACCCAAAUCAACCCAAUUAGGUCCCUCCUGAUUGCCAACCGCGGCGAGAUCGCUCUGCGCAUCGCCCGGACCGCCGCGGCGAUGGGCAUCCGCACCACCACGCUCUACACUGGCGUCGACGCCGCCUCGCAACACGCAAAGUGCUCUCCCCACUCUCUCGCCUUGGGCGCUGCCGCGUCAGGGUAUCUCGACGGGCCACGGAUCGUGGCGCUCGCCAAGCAGCACGGCAUCCAGGCGCUGCAUCCGGGCUACGGCUUUCUGAGCGAAAACCCGGCCUUUGCGCAGGCGUGCGAGGAUGCGGGGAUUGUAUUCAUCGGCCCCCCUUCUUGCGCAAUGGCUGACAUGGGCGACAAGGCCCGCAGCAAGGAGAUCAUGACGGCCGCGGGUGUGCCGUGCGUCCCCGGGUACCACGGGCCGGAGCAGACGCCCGACCAGCUGCGCGCGCACGCGAGGGAGAUCCGCUACCCCGUGCUGCUCAAGAGCGUCAAAGGUGGCGGUGGGAAGGGUAUGCGCAUCGUGCGGUCCGACGAAGAGUUUGAGGCGCAGUUGCAGAGCGCUCGCGCCGAGGCAAGGGCGAGUUUCGGCGAUGGCGGCGAGGUGAUGCUGGUCGAGAAAUACAUUGUGCGCCCCCGCCACGUUGAGGUUCAGGUGUUUGCGGACAAGUACGGGAACUGCGUUGCUCUGGGCGAGCGGGACUGCAGUGUUCAGCGCCGCCACCAGAAGAUUCUCGAGGAGAGUCCGGCCCCGUUGCUCGACGAUGCUAUACGCCAUGAUCUCUGGGACAAGGCGCGUACGGCCGCGCUUGCGGUGGGUUAUGUUGGCGCUGGCACGGUCGAGUUUAUCUUUGACAAGGACACGGGCGAGUUUUAUUUCAUGGAAAUGAACACACGCCUGCAGGUCGAGCACCCAGUCAGCGAAAUGGUAACGGGCACCGAUCUCGUCGAGUGGCAGUUCCGUAUCGCCGCGGGUGAACGGCUGCCACUGACGCAGGACGAGAUUGAGGCUCGCAUCCACGAGCGAGGUGCCGCCAUCGAGGCCCGUAUCUAUGCUGAGAACCCAGACAAGGGCUUCUUCCCGGAUUCGGGCAAGCUGGUGCACCUCGUCACGCCUCGGACAAAUGACGACGUCCGGAUUGAUGCUGGGUUCGUUGAGGGCGAUACUGUUUCCGAGGCGUACGAUGGCAUGAUUGCCAAGCUGAUUGUCCGCGGUCGGGACCGGGAGACGGCCAUUCGCAAGCUGGAGCUCGCGCUUCGCGAGUAUGAGGUUGUUGGGCUUAGCACAAAUAUCGAGUUUCUCAAGCGGGUGUGCCGCAACAAGGCCUUCAUCGAUGGAGAUGUCGAGACAGGAUUUAUUGAGCAGUGGAAGGACGAGCUCUUCCAGCCGAGGCAUACACCCGACGAGGUGUUUGCGCAGGCCGCUCUGGGACUGCUUAGCUCACAGAUCAAAUCCGGUCCACCGCAUGGCUGGCCUUUGGGUUUUGGCGAGGUUGGUGAGCUUAGCAAGAGGAAGUUCGCCUUUCGCGUCCAGCGGAGCGAUGAUGCCGUCGCUGAGGAAGGCGAGGGUGAGGUUGUGCAAGCCGAGGUAUCCCAACAUGGGAACGCACUCUACACUGUGUCGAUCUCGCGGAGUAGUGGGAGCGCUGCUGCCGGCUCCGAGACGCCGACGGUGUAUGAGAACCUCGUGUCCGAGCCUGCGCUCACGACUGCCACCAAAACAAAAUUAACAACCUUUUUCCCUCUCGCCCGUGUCGAGUCCACCCUUGUGCAGGACCCGGCCGCUCCCGAAAGGCUGACCAUCUUCCAGCUGGGCGAGAAGGCUGAGCUGAGGCUGGUAUCGCCCACUUGGUUUGACAAAGCGCUCGGGUUGAGGGAAGCGGCGGGUAGUGUGGUGGCGCCGAUGCCAUGCAAGAUAUUGAGAAAUAUGGUGGCAGAGGGACAGGAGGUGGAGAAAGGCGCACCGCUUGUUGUCAUCGAGUCCAUGAAGAUGGAGACGGUUAUUCGAUCACCGCAAAAGGGGGUUGUCAAGAAACUGGCACACAAAGAAGGGGAUAUUUGCAAGGCCGGGACUGUGUUGGUUCAGUUCGAAGAGGCAGAACAGGGGGCUCAAGCGAACGAUUCAUGA